AUGGCCCUAAUUGAAGGCAUCGGAGACGAUGUGACCGUCACUGUCCUUCUUUUCAUUGGAGUUCUAACAUUUUACCUGUGGAAGGUAUGCUUUAGCUCUCUUAGAUCCUAUCAUGACUUGCCGCCUAGACAGACAGAAGUGGCUAGAUCACAUUCUCUCGAUUCUUCGAGAGUCGGAGAAGGCGAGACAAGAGUUGAACAGCCUCGCGUGGAUGACGAUGAAAGAGAGACCGGAGAGGGUGUUGAGGGUACGCCAUCGGAAGAUGUGGAUGGAACAAUUGUGGUCAAGUUGAGACAUCAGGAAACGGAGAGAGUGGCUCGUGUGAGACGAGAUCAGACUGUUGAGGAGUUGAAAAGAAUUGCAUUUGCACAAGAAUUGGCCAGUGGUUGUCGAGUUCGUUUUGUCUACCGAGGACGUCUCAUGCACGACGAAAAUCACUCUUUGUCGUUCUAUGAGAUUCAGAACAAUUCAGUCAUCAUUGUGGCUAUCACUGGUUCUGAGGGUUCUGGAUCACCAGAACGUCUCCAGGCCGCUGAGUUUGAAAAUCCGGAGUUUGAUAUGUCACGGUUCUUUUUUCCUCUCGUAUUUGUGAUUGUAAUUGUCGUCUGGGUUGUUGCGUUGAGUACUCCUGCCUUGUUUUCUACAUCUGCAUGGGUAAUGUUAGUUGUCUUAUCUGCUGGAUUUGGUUUCUUGGCUUUUAACAGUCGGCAGCAGGCACAAAGGAGGUAG